AUGACGUUUAAUCGUUCAUACGGAACAAAUCUUUAGAGUUUAGGGUGCCGAUAAAUUGGCGAAGGAAGCGAAGAACUUUGAGGCUUCGUUUUGGUGCCACUAUGUCUUGGACCUUCAAGCUUGCGCUGCUGGCAGCCGCGUCGUCUGUCUCACUUGGAGGUGCAACCCAUAAUAAAGAUCAAAGCGCGUUCUUCAAAUACGGUGUUCUGUGUCAUGGAUCCCGUGGCGGCUGCGCUUGGUUCACCAUUCGCCGAGAGUCGGAUCGAUUAAAACUCGGUCUUCAUUACUCGGCUCAACAUACAAAGCUUGAUCAACUUGAAGGUCACACCGUUCACUCGGGUGACUCAGAAAACGAAACCUUCCUUAAGAUUAUCACGCCGACGAUCUGGGAAGAGCUCGUAGCAACUAAGAGAGCUUCUAAUUACGAACCUCGGCUAGACCUCUCUGAGGAAGCAAUGGCCAGUUCUGCGACAAAUCCAGUAAUAGACUCUUCACCUUUCGCUACUGAUCGACCCUUGAUGGACGUUUCUACAGCUACAGAUUUCCCCACCAAGGAGAGUUUUGUUGCUGAGCAGCCGAUGGGUGUGGAUGUAAACGGCAACCACAAGACACCUCGCAGAGCUUCUUUACAGUCGUACGAGAAAAACUACAGUAGAGAUAAAAUCCCGGUAACCUUCGAACCUGAAGGUGUGGUGGCAGCGUCAAUUGAGCCUGAACAGCCGAUGCAGCUAACUGCCAUGUGGGAGUACGAUAGGACGUGCAAGCCAAUCUGCAAGAGAGUUGGGGAAUUGUUCCCUCAUUUGACAAACUGUGAUAAGUAUUAUCAAUGCAGCAAUAGGGGACCGCAGUCUCUCAGCUGUGGACAGGGGACAUCGUACUCUCCUUUAAUAAAUACCUGUGACCACGCUCACUCUGCAGUUAAUGACUAUUGUCAUAUGCAUGAACAAUGUCCGUAACUUACUGUUCCAACGCGAAAUUAAACUUGCCAUUCGCAUCUACAUAUAAGCGUUCAACUCUCUUGUGUAAAGCCAACAGGCCAACAACGUCGCGUCUCAAGUUAUCUUCUAAACCUUCUAAUUUUGGAUAUUCUGCAUCGAAGUGAUUCCAUGACCAUCGCCAUAUAAUGGAAAUAAUUUUUCAAUAGGGCAAUGAAUUAUUUUCAAUCCACCAACUAUACUUCAAUGUCCAUCUCUCCAGCACAUAUUAAAUCAGAUCGAAAGUCACAUAACCGGUCCAUUUUCGAAUGUCUUGUUACGAACUAUUGAUUGAUGCGCAGCUCUUUGCUCUUGAAGUGCAUUGUGGGGCAAUUGCACAGAGAUACGCGCACAUUCUCCUCUUUGGUAAUUCGUCUUUCAUUACACGUACUAAAUUAAUUGAAACUUUACCAAACUCCAUGUCUUUCCAUGUAAUAUACGCUCCCAUCAAUAAAUCUUCAGACACGCAUAGGUA